CGGGACGUGCCCGCCCUGCGCGACGACGUCAGCGCGCCCGCGCGCGCCAGGGGAGGAGUGGGAGCUGCGGGCCGGGAGGCGCUGACGCUCAGGCCCCGUCCGGUCCGGCGAUGGAGUUUCCGGACCUUGGGGCUCACUGUUCGGAGCCGAGCUGUCAGCGCUUGGAUUUUCUGCCGCUCAAGUGCGACGCCUGCUCGGGCAUCUUUUGCGCAGACCACGUGGCCUACGCCCAGCAUCACUGUGGAUCUGCUUACGAAAAGGAUAUCCAGGUACCUGUAUGCCCACUCUGUAAUGUGCCUGUCCCUGUGGCCAGAGGGGAGCCCCCUGACCGUGCUGUUGGGGAACACAUUGACGGAGACUGCCGCUCUGAUCCAGCUCAGCAAAAACGUAAGAUCUUCACCAAUAAGUGUGAACGCUCUGGCUGCCGGCAGCGGGAAAUGAUGAAACUGACCUGCGACCGCUGUGGCCGAAACUUCUGCAUCAAGCACCGUCACCCACUGGACCAUGAUUGCUCUGGGGAGGGGCACCCCACAAGUAGGGCAGGUGCAUGUUUUCCAGACCUUGUGGAGGAGUUCCCCUCCAGACUUCCUUGGUCAGGCCAGGGAGGAACAUGCAAGCUGACUGUGCCUGGAGGCAUGCCAAGAGUGUCUCUUCCCUACAGACUGGCUGCCAUCUCCAGAGCACAAAGCCUAGCUUCUUCUACAAAGACCAUCCCCAGCCCAAACCAGACCUUGCCUUCAUCUACCUCUGCCAGCAGAGCCACAACUCAGUCUCCAUCCCGGACAGCCUCUCCAGUGAUUGCUUUGCAAAAUGGCUUGAGUGAGGAUGAGGCUCUGCAACGAGCCCUGGAACUGUCCCUGGCAGAGGCCAAACCCCAGGUCCCAAGUUCUCAGGAGGAAGAAGACUUAGCUUUAGCACAAGCACUAUCAGCCAGCGAGGCAGAAUACCGACAGCGGCAGGCUCAGAGCCGCAGCUUGAAGCCGUCCAACUGCAACCUGUGCUAGGGCCUUGGGCUUGGGGAGGGAGGCUCAGCUGAGGAGGACUGUGGCCCUCGCAUCUCUAGGGUCCACAGGGAGAGGAGGCCCGGAGCAGCCUGGAGUGAAGAGGAGGAGUGACGUGGAGGCCGCCUUCAGGGAGCAUCAGAGGAGAAACAGCUUGUGGAGCUGAGCCUACAGAUGGCUCUGCUGGCCUCUCCAGCUGCAUGGGAGAGAACAGCUCUGAACUGUUCCCUGGCCAGACCCCACAUGGCCCCCUGCAUCUUGACAUUCCCCGUAUACUGGGGCUCCCCCCACGUGUAGGGGGCUGGGAGGGGGCGCUAGAAAGAAUAAAGAAUCUUGGCAGUCAGUAAGACACCAAA